UCCUCUGCCUCUCUCACUCUCAUGCCGUCUCUCGUAUCCACAUCUCUUCAUCUCUCCGUCUGCGUAGCUUCUGUUCCUGCUUUCUGCUAGCCUACAUCUCCUCAUUUUCUCCUCCUCCUUUGUUUUCAUUUUGAUUCUUCAUCUGCGACAUGCUCCUCACGUGAAGUCCUUCAACUUGCAGAGCCUGUGGAUGCCGAGUUAAAAAAAAAACAAAGAAGGCAAAUGCUCUAUCGGGGAAUGAGAGAAAAACCUACGCACAUUUGCAUGUUUCAUUGAGUGCGUUGGCUUGAACGGAGCAACAGUAUGGAUCUGUCAUUCAUGGCUGCGCAGGGGGAGCCCAUUCAAAAAUCUUCCACUGGGACCCAUCAUAACUAGCAGCUGCCACUGAUGCUGAACAUGAAAAAGAUCCCAGUUAUGACGGGGGCCUUCAUGGACUCCUCACCCAAUGACGAUUACAGUGGCGAGCACUCGCUUUUUAACUCCUCGGCCAGCGUCCACGCCGCUGCCUCGGCCGCCUCGGUACACGGCCAGCAGGAUGAGCCGCAGUCCAUGUCCAGCGAUGCCAUCUGGCUCUGGAUCGCCAUCGUUGCCACCAUCGGAAACAUUGUGGUGGUUGGCAUUGUCUAUGCCUGCACUUUCUGAUGAACAUAUGCUUACAAAGACAAACACGCACACACACACACACACACACACACACACACACACACACACACACACACACACAUCCUGCUUUUUCCGGAUCCCUGGACCCCUGAGUGAGGCCAUGCUUUGCAGACAGACACAUACACUCUCUCUAUGUCUCUCUCUCUUUCUCUCUCUCCCUUGCACUUAGCUUUUGGAUCAGUUUGGGCCCCUGAGGGUGUGGAAGUUGUGAUACUAAACAAUGAUAUAUAGACAACUAUAUUUCUUCAUAAGAGGGAAAGACUGGGACUUGGCUGCAUUUGUCAGUACCGAACGUUUUUGGAUGCUAACAUUUGAAAAGAAGCUUUUCCAUACGACAGCUCUUUAGUUAUAAACAGAAACAUCAGACCUGCGCUAUCAAGCAAGAAUUAAAGGAACUUUUUUUUUCAGCUUAAGUUUGUUUCCAUGUUUCUCCUCAGACAACAUCCUCACUUGUAAUGCAGAGAUGAGAAUGGAGAUUAAAUGGGGCUUAAAAUUAAGGUUGAUCUGGGCCAUCUUAAACAUCCACCAGAAACUUGCUAAAUCAUUUAGGGCAGUGCUGUUUAAUUAUGUGGCUGAACAGAGAUGAUGACUGUUAAAACAUUUAGAAAAUACUGGGAUUAUUUUCAUGUCAGGCAGCCCUGAGGCCCAGGACAUUAGAGCUCAUUUAAGGACUGAUCUGUGGAUGAAACAUGCUAUGGACACUGAUCAUCAGUGUAUAUGAUAUGUUUCUAAACACUUUUACUGACAGGAAACAAAGAAUAGGACACUGACUAUCAUUAAACUCAUCUUGGUACACAUUUAAAAUCUAAUAAAAAUAGUUUCUGCAAUGUUAACUAAAUUAUACACAAUGGAGGAUGGAUAUAAUUAUAUGUGUAGUGUAAAAAGUCAACCCCUUUGAAACAAAUGGUCUUAUUGUCAGCUACCUACAGUAAUACACCAGGGAUUAUUAGAAAAUCUAAUUGUACUGUCAUCGUCUGUUCAGUAAUGUUUAGAUAUUAUCUACAGAUGUUAACAAAAUACAAUUAAAAGCACAAAUUGAAUUGCAAGAUGACAUAGCCUACUUUACUUACUGCACCUGCUUAUUUUUUGUAGUUGUUUAAUUGUUUUUUAAAAGUACAGCUUGUAAAAGUAUUUUAUAUCACUCAAUUAAUACUGUCAGCAAUAGAAGGUGGAAGUUCCUGAUAUUACAGAUAUGUAAGGGCAGAUAUAUGUGUUCACUGACCAGAUCUAUAGUGAAUCUGUGAUAAAUACUAAUGUGUGUGGGGAAAGGAUGCCUUAUUUUGGAAUGAAAUGUUGUUAUAUAUCAAGCUGUCCCUAUACAUUGCAUAUACUGUGCAGUAAAUUAGUUUUGUGUUACUGUGGAAUCUGGAGGCAGCUGUCUCCAUGGCAACUAAUCCUCGUCCUAAUUGUGAACAACAACUUUACUCUGAGACUCCAGCAUUAACCUGCAGCCACAGAUGCAAUUUAUGCUUUCUUCUCGGAUCAUUUAAUGAAUACUCCCACACAAAGAAAAUCACAGAAAACAUUGCACUACAUUUACACAAAUAUUACAUUUGGUAACCAUUGAAUGUUUGAACUUUGCUAAUUAUUUGUGCUUUGCUUACAGUGUUUUAUUUCCCUUUUUUAAGACAGCAAGCUACUGUUGGAGAACUGAUAAAAAUGUUAAUAAUUUAGUUUUUCCAGUAGUAGUUUUUAUUUGUCUGUCAACUGGUCUUUCUUUACCUGGCAAACUGAUAUAUUUUAGACACAGAGAGAAAUAGAAAGAGGGAGCUCUUUUUUCAGUAAACUUAUACUGUAUUUCUUCUGGGAUUUAGGAGAUAACAUCAAUGUGCGUUAGGUUAAAAGAUAUGAACCUUUGUUGUAAACACCAUACAUGUUCAAAUGUUCAUACACUGCAAAUUACAAUACUAGCUUACUGUAUCAACUGUACCAAUGUAAGGAGAAAUUCAAACACACUAAUCUCUGUUAUUAUGAGUGUACUUCUACAAUGUUCAAAGAAGGACUUUUCAAGCCUGUUAUUUUUAAUAAAUGGUUGAUGUAGAAAUACUGUAUUUAGACAUAUUGUAAACCACAUACAAAAUUCUCCUUUUGUAAAGACAUAUGCUAUUAAAAUUUCUGUAUGAAUGCA